AUGAUAUCAAAAACUUGUCAAAUAUGGGCGACUGCGCUGCUGCUGACAAGUAUGCUGAGUUUUGGGUUUGUAGAUGAUGUUUGCAACGGUAAGAACGACCCGUGUACGCUGAAAUGUAAUGAGCAAAACACUACCUGUGAGCAGAAUUGCAACGUUGGUAAUUACACUUGUAAACUGGACUGUAGCGUAGAUCAUUGUGAUCAAAAAUGUAAUUCUCGAAUAUGUUUUCUAAAUUGCACCAAGAGAGAGUGUAAGCAGUCUUGCAGUCGUAGAGUGCGAAUAUGUCAAAUGGAAUGCACCGGUCAAACCUGUAAUCAAGCGUGCAACGCUCUGCAAACAUGUAAUCUGAAAUGCAGCGGGGAAGAAUGCAAUCAGAAUUGCAACAGUGGAGCACAACGAUGUAUUAUGCAAUGUAUGGGGAGCUCUUGUACACAAACUUGCGACGCUCAUACAUGUGAUAUGAUAAGAAAUGGGUCAUCAAAUUAUUAUACAAAGCAAAUAUGCAAAUCCGGACAUGGUCCAUGUUGUCAACGUAUUUUGAUGAAUGAAAGUCUGGGAUCCUUUGAAACAACCUGUCAAGGAAGAGAGCAAUGUACGUGCCCCGAAUGUUUAAAUCGCGACUGCAUGACUUUAAACAAAUCGGAUGUCACCGCAGCUGUCUUGGCUUCGACGGUUCAAGCUAUUUCAACCCAUAUUUCAACAGUACAAACUUCUUCGCAAUCGUCACCUUCGUCCCCAUUACUGCUACGCUCAACACCAUCAUCAUCACCGUUCUCCUUUCAGCCAUCUAUAUUAUUAACGUUACCGUCAUUACCAACGUCUUCGUCAUCAUCCUCAUCAUAUACAUCAGCGUCGCCAUCUUCGUCAUCGUCAUCUUUAAUUUGGACAUCUCCGUCAACCCCUCUCGAAACAAUUAAGAAUUUGGAAAAUGUAUUUACUUCGAAGCGUAAUGGAGUCAACAUCAGCAGAAACAGCUCCCUGCAGGAGGUCAUACGUUUGUUUGAAGACUUCGCCGAUCAAUAUCAGAACAUCACAAAGUCCCAUGGUAGCCAACUUGGUAUAGAAGAGCUCCAACGAGGAAAAGAAUCCGUCUUUAAGGUGGCAGUUGCCCUCGAAAAAUUUGUUCUUGAUUAUAGUCAAUAUCACCUAAAUAGAGCAGAGCCCUUGAAAAAAAUAACACGCCAGAAAAUGGUUUUGGGUAUGUGGAAAGGUUACCGCCAGAAUGCGACCGACUUCUAUCUCGAAGAAAAUGAAUGGCACGCAAGCAUCAAUGUUCCUUCUGAAAAUUUUGCGGAGAAUGGAUCAGUGGUAAUAGGGUGCGUAUACAAGGAUCUUCAUGAAUUAUUACAAACCAAUCAGGGCGGCGGGGAUAAAACUGAAAAUUCAAGGUAUGUGAACACAAGGAUAAUGACCGCGGCUGUAGAUCCCAAACCUGAAAAAUUACGACAGGACGUCAUCUUAAAGUUCAGAAACCUGAAGGUCGAUGAAGGAGAGAAGCAGUGCAUGUUUUGGAAUGGCUUAGGCAAGAGUUUCGACGGAUUCUCAGGGGAUGGUUGUUACGUAGAUCCAUUGAGGAGCAACUCAAAGGACACAGUCUGCAGAUGCAAUCAUUUGACGCAUUUUGCUGUCUUAGUUGACUUCAGAGGCGACGCGGAGCUCUCCGAGAAGGACGUUACUAUUUUAGAGAUAAUCACAUACGUCGGAUUAAGCCUUUCCAUCGUCGGAAUACUUUUGACCAUAACGCUGUAUUCUUUUCUCACAGAUGUUCGACAACCACUACCUCAAAUACGACUUAGUCUUUGUGUGUCCCUCGGAGCUGGACAAAUCAUCUUUCUCUCUGGAAUAAACGCCACAGAAAAAAUGACAGCGUGUAUUACAUCAGCAGUUCUUAUGCAGUAUUUCCUGAUGGCCGCUUUCUGUUGGAUGCUGGUAGAGGGAAUUUAUCUUUACCUUCUUGUUGUGAAAGUUUAUAACAUCAGCGACAAGAUGUAUAUUUAUCACGUCAUGUCAUGGG